AGGCCUACUCUAAAUUUCAAGUGAACGCCCCAGAGAAAAAAAAAUUAAAAAUGUCUGAAAGAAAAACUGCACAUAUGGAAAGAACAAAUUUCGAUAAAAAAUCUUUUAGAAAAAAAGUUUAGUUAAAGGAACAAAAUGGCGUCGAUGUAGACGGUUGCUAGAUUGACUUCAAGACAACUGUAUUAACCAUGGGUGUAUACAGUAGUAGUUUUGUAAUUGAACCAAGUUCUGAGCUUGCUGUUUGUGGCUUCUCUCAUCCCAGUAAAGCCAAUUGGGUUACAGCACAUGCUAUAGCCACAGAAUUAAGUAUUGCAGAAGUUGAAAGGCUAUGGCUGAGAUUCCAGCAAAUGGGUGCAAAUAAAGAUGGUUUCUUAACACAAGAAACUCUUGCCUCUUCCAAACUUAAUUCAGAUGUUUUUAUAAAAAAUAUUUUAAAAUACUUCAAAAGCUCAGAUGGAAAAAUUUCCUUUGAAUCCUUCCUGAGAGCACUAAAAUGGUCUGAGAGCCAGGAACUUGAAGUUAAAGCCAAAGCAAUUUUUCAGAUGUUGAACAGUGGCAAUCCUAUUCCCAGAGAUAUCUUCCAGAAAAUUCUGAGCAAGGUCUAUUCUACAGAAAGUGAAUAUGAAAUAUACAGAAUAACAGAUAUUUUAUAUAACUCUUUGGACAGCUCAAAGAAAGGUCUCAUAGAUGAAAAGGACUUUGUGAAGGCUGUAUUAGGUCUACCUCGACCAAAGGCGCAAAACAUUCUCAGUUUCCAUAUUUUGUCAGAUCAUAUGAGAGAUAAUGUGCACAAGAAUUUGCCAGAGUUCAGUAGCCAGGCAGCUUUCUACACCCCCAGCCCCCAAGUGUCGCAGAUACCAUCAGACAACAUCCUGAGGGAGGUGGCUGAGAAGAUUCACAGGAAAGAUUGGGAACUUGUAGCCAACAGACUGAGUUUUUUCUCAGAGGACAUUGAACACAUCAAGAUAAAUAACCCAAACAGCUCAUUUAAUCAGGCUUACAGGAUGUUGCUAGACUGGAAACACAGGGAAGGUGAGAAUGCUAAGGGUAGCGUGUUGGAAAAGAUUCUGCGCAAUGCUGGAAUGAUAGAAGCAUCUCUCCUGUUAGCACCAUGAAUUUUUAAUGUGAUCAAUUUGAAAUUAGUGUUUGCAUUUCUAGCUAUGUAUAUAUACUAAAUCAUUAAUAUUAUAUAAAAAAUAAAAAAUAUAUU